AUGGACUCAUUGGGUAGCUCAAAGAAGAAGAAAAAAGCCGAAAAGAGCGCGAAAAACGAGGUUAUUCAAAUUCGCAUCAGUGUCGCGAAGCCGGGCAGCAAGAAAUACACUCAUGUCGAUUGGGAGGAACUGCUGAAGAAUAAUGGAAAAGAGCGGGACGAAGAUGAUCUCCGCAGAUUUUACGAUGAAGACACACUUUUUAUGGCAAAAAAGCUCGGGGAGACGAGAAGCAAAAGUGGAAAGAAACUUCGCGUUAAUUUGGACCAGCUGCAACAUUUCAACCGAAAGUGUGGAUAUGAUAUGGAUGAUGACUUUAUUGAUGACACAGAAAUAGUUGACGACGAGCCUACAACAUCGAAAAAGGGUGGAUUUUAUGUGGGAAAGGGUGAUGUGAAGGAUUCAAACGACGAGGAUGAGGAAGAAGAAGAAGAAACCGAUGUGGAAGAAUCGAUUCAGGAAGUUCCGAAGAAGGUGAAAAUCAGGAAAAUCAAAGAGAAAUCUGGCGAAAAAUCCAGUAAAUCCAGUGAUUCUUCAUCAUCCUCCUCGUCCGAUUCGGAGGAUGCUGCUGGGCCUCCGAGAAUGACAGGAGCUCCACCGUCAAUUCGAAUGGUUUCUUCUUCUUCUUCUUUGAAGAAGCUUCCGGCCCCUCGAAAACCAUCCCCGCCGCCGGCUGUAGAGCCCACAAGAUCUGUGGAAAUUAUUGAGAAGCCUGAAAAGACUGAAAAGCCCGCCGAAAAGCGAAAAACCGCGGCCACCACAUCCGCACUGGAGCCUGCUGAAAAGAAGAAAAAGCCGGAUAGUAGUAGUAGUUCGGAGGAGAUAAUUCUUAUUGAUGAUAAUGCUCCGGCUGCAAAGAAGCAGCCGGAAAGUGCUCAAAAAGGGUCCACCACAGUCACCAUGUCAGCCAAGAAAAUCUGCAAACAACAGGAAGAAAUCGCUAAGCAGAAGCCGUCAUCAUCAUCUGUAACUCCAUCAAAACCAGCUGCUCCAACAGCUUCAACACCGAAAAAAGAGGAAAUCGGGACUCUUGAGACGUUCCUGAAGAAUAUAUUUGCAAAUUUAGAUGCAAAAGGGAAACUUUAUCAGGAGAAAAAGUUGAAAACUUUCGAUACGGAGACUUUAAAGGAGAUAACAACGUUUAUAGAUGUAAUGAAGCAUCAUAAAACUGAAAAAGUUAAUAUGGAACCGUUGAUUUAUUCGUUGGCGAAAUCAUUUGGAAUGACUACGCAAGAAGUUAUGAAACAGGUCGAACAAGAAAUUUCGUCGAAAAAGGCAACAACUCCAAAACCUUCAACAAAUGCAGUUUUAUCGACAAUUUCAUCUCAAAAAUCAUUGGAAAAAAAUGCAGCCGAUUGGAAAUUAACACAAACGGAUUUACCCACAAUGGGAGAAAAAGAUAUACAAAUGUUGACGACAAUUGUUCGAUCAUGGAAAAGUAAAAAAGAAAUAUCGAAUUCAAUGGUGACUGGAUGGCUGAAAGAUGUGAAUCAAUUGAAAAUGAACGCAGAUCAAGCGAGGAAAAAAUUCUUCGACAUCAUAAAUACUUUGCCGGAUUCGUCUGAAAAAAAUGGUGGUGGUGGACAGCAAGAUGCCAACGAUAUUCCAAAACACGAACGAUCACGUAAAGCUCGAAUGUUUCUCCACCAAUGGGUCUAUUUAUCUCGUAAAUUUUUGGAGCUUCAACUUCCAAAAUUGAAACAUCAUUCUCCACCUGUCGAAGGUCUCGCAAAGAAGCAAGUUAUCGCUGCAAAUGCAAUAAAAGAAGGUGUUAGGAAGCAAAUUUCACUUUUUGAAAAUAAGAAAGAUCGUCUGCCCGGUGAUCCUGUCUACGUAUUCCAGUUUACGGAGCCUGUUUUAACCGCAGUCGCCCCAUACUUGGAAGAUCUCGUCGAUUAUGCGCUCGCGGCGAAAAAAAUCGAGUUAAUUGUAUCCGGAAUCGACGCUCUACACCAAUCAACUGACGGAAAAAUUACCAUAAUUCAAUUUUAUAUUGAAAUCUGCCGAAGACUUCAGAAAUUAUCAUUUCUCGCCGUUGAAGAACCAAUGAAAAGUCGUCUGAAAGAAGCAAAUGAACAAAUUAUGAAGCAUCAAGUUGUUCAAAUUCCAAAAUAUCAAUUGAAAUGGCCUGAUGGACAGGCGGAGCCAUCUCUGAAAGGGCUUAAUCGAGAGCUUUAUGAAUUCGACAAAUCAAUUCUCUCCAUGGUGGCGGCUAAACCAUCAGCUCCUGCAACUCCAAAAGCUUCAUCAUCUACAGCCCUCCGCCCUUCUACGUCAUCAACUCCAUCUCAGCAGCAAUCCACGUCAACUGCAAAAGCUAUGACGUCAUCAUCAACAUCAGCAGAAGAUGCGAAGCGCUUACUCGCAAUGAAUCAACUUGUUCAGGUUUACGCGGGAAAAUAUCUGCUCCCGACCGGCAAUUCAACGGCAGACAUUUGUGAUCCAACAAUUUGUCUAAUGAAUGAUGAUAUUCUACUGAUUAUGGUAACAGCUGUCUAUUCGUGUGGUAUACCAUUGGUUAAUCAAAUGAAUAUGCUUAAAAAUGUCCUAUGCCAAGUUGGUCAAACCCGAAUGGCUCAGACAUUGGCAACACAAAAAACUCAAAAUAAGCAGUGCCUGACCCAAAAUGACUAUCAACUACUUUUUGAUUAUUUUGGAAAGUUUGAAAAAGCAUUAGAACAACGAAAAGCAAAAAAAGAAGAAGCUGAAAGAUUGAAGAAAUUGGAGGAAAAAUUGAAAAAAGAGAAGGAGAAACAAGCAGAGAAAGAUAGAAUUGAGGCGAAGAAAUUCGAAGAGCGGAUGAAAAAAGAGCAAGAAAAACAGGAAGAAAAAGAGAGAAAAGAACGGGAAAAACGAGAGGAAAAGGAAAGGAAAGAGAGAGAAAUUCGAGAAAUUAUGGAGAGGAAAAAGAGAGAAGAAGACGAUCGAAUUGCUGCGAAAUUACAAAUUGCUCAACAAUUAGAGAAUGACAGGAAAAUGAGAGAAGCUGAAGAAAGUGCACGGAAGGAGACGGAACGGAGGGCUAAAAUGGAAACUGAAGCAGCAAAUGCACUACAAGGACUCGAAGAGGACCUUCUCAUGGAUGAUAUCGAUUUUAUGACUCAACAACAAACAAAAGUCGAUGAGGAACGAAAAGUGGCGGAAGCUCGGCGAGCAGUUGAACGUGAGAAUCAGAUCAAAAUGAUGAGGGCUCAACAGCUGCAAAGACGGCAGGAAGAGGCUCCGCCCCCUCAACAAGCUCCAGCUCCACAUACACAAAAGAUUCAAGUGAAAAAUGAGCCAGUAGAUCAUUCAUUCGAUAUUCUAAAAGAAGCAGAAAAAGAUGCACACAUAAUUCCAACAAAAUCAAUAAAAGCCGAGCCGCUGGACGUUCAAAAACCGCUUAGCGCAUUUGAAAAGCUUGCAUCACUUCGUGGUAGGACCCAAUCUGCUGAUAUGAGAAGAGGCGGGGACUCUACGGAAAUGCCGAAUGUGACACAACAAUAUCAAGCGGAGCAAAAUCAUCUAGCACAAAGUUCGAAUAAUUCUCAGUACAAUGCACCAAGUACAAGUUCCCAGCCACAACAUUUCCCAACAGAGCCUUCAAUACGCCAACCACCUCCCCAACAGAGUUACAAUUCCAACCAAAUGCUCCAAAAUCCACGACAGCAACCCCAAAACCAAAUUGUGCAAAAUUUCCAAAGUGCUCCGCAACGACAUCCCCAUCAAAAUCCGCAAAUUGCCACGUCAUCUUCAUCUGGAGGAGUCAAUCAGUUUUAUAAUAAUGGUGGAGCUGCACCGCCAGUUGUCGAACAACAAGCCGCUAAUAGAAGAUCAUCAUUCACAAUGUCUCAUUCAGUUCAACAACACCAAUCUCCUCUCCAACAACAAUUUCCAAUCAAUUCAUAUCAAUCACCGAGUCAUCAUAAUAAUAGUAGCUCAAUGAGCAAUUCCUCAUUAAUGCAAACACCACACAGUAAUAGUUCAAUGAUUGCACGGAGUCCACAAUUUCCAUCUCAUACGUCCCCAAUGUCCCAACGAUUCCAUACCCCACCAUCAGUUGGGCAUCAAAUGGUGCAGAGCCCAUUGUCUCAACCGAAUCCUUCGCCUCUUCAACAUUUCAACUUUUCGCCACAUUCCUCCAGUUUUUCAUCACAAAGACCUCAAAUGCCGCCACAACGUCAAAUGAGCCAACAAAAUCUCAUGCAUCAACAGCAACAACCACAAAAUCAUACUCAACAUCAGUACCAACAUCAGACAUUCAGUUCUCAGCAACAACAGCUUCAACAACAUCAACACCAAAUCCGGCACCAAAUGAAUACCAACUACCCACCGCCACCAGGCUACAAUCAUCAUGGCCAUUAACUCUUCCAGGAGAAGUAAAACAUUUUAAAUCUCGUGUAAACAAUUGUAAACGCCAAAAGUAAAAUCCGUCAAACGGUUAAUAAUAUUAUUCUAUUACGAGAACACUAAACUCUAAGAAUGCGUAUUACACAACAUAUUUGACGCGCAAAAAAUAACUAUAUCUCGUAGCGAAAACUACAGUAAUUCUUUGAAUGAUUACUGUAGCGCAAUUUAGAAAAUUUAGAAAAUCGAAAAAUUCAAAAGUUUUCUGAAUUAAGAUUUAGUUAAGUAAAUUUAAAAUGUUUCAAUUUUUAAUAUUCUAUCGAUAAAUAAAUUAUUUUAUUCUAUUCGAGCCCGUAAAUCGACGCUACCGUAGUUUUCGCUACGAGAUAUUUUGCGCGUCAAAUAUGUUGCACAAUACGCAUUCUCAGAAUUUAUGUCUUCCCGUAGUAAACCUCCAUGUUAAUUAUUUCCCAAUUUAUUUAUUUUAUGUGUUUCAUGGCAUUAAUUUUAUAUGUUAUCAAUUUUAAAUAAAUAUCUCGAAAACUU